AUGGCAUCUAAAUCCAAGUUCACGUUGGCAUCCCUGCCAAAAGCAGAGAUCCUGGCAUACUGGGUGCUUUCCUUUGGCUCUCAUCUGUUUUCUUUCUAUGAACUGCACAAAUUCUCCAAAGAACAUGAAGCAGGGUUAGAGAGAGAAUUACAGCUGGAGAAAGGACUGCUUGGGUUUAAAAGAGACCCUACAGACUUUGAAUGGAGUUUCUGGACUGGAUGGGCCAAGAAGUCCUUGCUGUGGUCUCUGAUUGGACAUGGAGUGAUAUCUAGAUUGACAAGCAUCUUUAUCCACAAGCUACGGGUACCAGCCUUGUUGAUAUAUGGCCUUGUAUCAGCCUGCAGUGUUUUAGGUGUUAAAGGUCUAAGUGUACUACUGGUACAUCUUGGCCUGUCCUUUGUAGUGGCCCAGCUGCGUAAGCCUGCUCUUUGUUGGGCUUGUAGCCUGCUGCUGCUCUCUACCCUUCACAUACAACCAUUGCAGGAUGUCCAGAGAGGUUGGUACAAAACAGAAGAGGAGUACUACCUUUUGCUGUUCAGUGUUGCCAUGUGCGGUCUCCGUCUCAUCAGCUUCAGCCUUGAAAACUGCUGGCACCCCAUGGAGCCCUGCACAGCUGCACAGCUCUACUGGUUGUUCUCUUACAUGUUUUACCAUCCCUUGUUCUACAAUGGACCAAUUAUCUCUUACAGAGAUUACAUUCAGCAGAUGCAGAGACCUGCUGGGGAAUAUGAAAGAGAGAAUGCUGCCCUAAGCUACUUGGUAAUCAGGUCAGGAAGAAUCUUUCUAUGGUGGCUGCUUGCAGAACACAUGAUCCAUGUAAUGUACAUGCACACCAUCCAGGCUAAUGAGACCUACUUAGAAAUUCUUCCUCCUUGGGCUUUGGGUGGUCUGGCCCUGGCCCUAGUCCAGUUUUUUUAUGUGAAGUACUUGGUACUGUUUGGUUUGCCAUCUAUGCUGGCAACGUUGGACAGGCUAGUUCCCCCGAAGCUUCCUCGUUGUGUAAGCAUCAUGUACAGUUUCACAGGGAUGUGGAGGCAUUUUGAUGAGGGACUGUAUCAGUGGCUCAUCAGAUACAUCUAUGUCCCACUGGGAGGUUCCCGUCAUGGUCAGUUUUACAAAGUCCUGUCCUCUGGCACGGCAUUUGGGUUUGUCUGCCUUUGGCAUGGUGGCCACGACUACUUGCAGUACUGGGCCCUGAUGAACUGGGCUGGAGUUCUGGUGGAGAAUGGACUGAAGACACUCCUUACUUCCUCUCUCAUUCCCUCUGUUGUUGGGCGCAAUUUCUCUGCACCCAUGAAAAGACGUUGCAUCGCCUUUCUCUCCGCCUUUUCCACUGCUUUGCUCAUCCUCUCUAAUCUGGUGUUCCUUGGGGGAAUACACGUCGGCAGGAUCUUCUGGAAGCGUGUCUUCGUUCAAGGCUGGUCUACCAUUGCCCCAUCUAUGUUGGCAUUCCUGUAUUGUUUUGCUCAGAUUGGACUUGAAUGGACACCCAACCCAUCAUGAGUGACCUUGCCAAGACAUUCGAGUGAUAAUAUCUGCUAUCAAGCAACCAGAACAACCAGCUGAGUUCAGUGCUAAGGUCUAUCUGGCCAGAAGCCAGUCUUCACUGGGUUAAGAAGUAAGCCAAACUGGGUUGGACUAUGGCUGAACCAGCCACUUUACACAACCUUGCUGUAAACUACAACACAGUAGAUCAAUUGCUUUUUGUCCUGAUAACAAUGUUUCCUGUAUUUCAUGGAAAGGUUUAGUGUACCUGUCU